ACCUAUAAACAACAUGGCGACUCAGUCAAUGGUGACAAGCAAAUACUAGACCCCGGACACCGCGGAACGACCUUGAACUAUGAUUAGUGGAGGAAGCCGAAAGGAUUAGAGCAUGCUGGAGAUGCGAAAGAGCAACAUCCAGUACCCGUUUGCUACUCAUUAUGAUAUUAGCAGAGCGGGAGGUACAGCUUCAUCUCUACCACAGCAGACGUCAAAACUUCCCCUGAUACCAACAGCCACCGCCCCCAGCCACAGUGAGAACAGGUUAGUUCCGGUUUUGUCUGGCAAGGACGGGAUGGGAGCCUUCAGGACCGCAGCAGACCUGUACGAGGGGGACGACCGGGUCAGGAUCCUGGAGACCAGGCUGGGGGUCACGGAGAAGUCCAACAGGGCGUUGUUGGAGGAGGUCAUAAGGAUGCAGGGGGAGCUCAAGCUGAUGGUCAGGAAAAACGAGGAGAGUAUUAAGGAUGAGCAGUUAUCUCGCCAACAGAUAGAGAACUCAAUCAGAAUGGUGAAUGACCUGAUGACCAAGCUGUCCAUCAGAAUCAAGACAGCAGAAGACAGAAUCAUAGAGGAGAAGUCUGCCCUGUCUUCCCUUAUAUCCCACACCAAGGGGGUGGAGCAGGCGGUGGUGGCAGGGCAGCACACACUCUCAGUGAAGAAAGACUCUCAAGCUUCCAAAAUCCAGGAACUGACUCUGCAGUUAAGUGAUAUGCAGAGAAGUCGAGAUCAGCUAGAGAAAUUAACAUUUAGUUUAACAGAGGAACUGAGGAAUGUUAGGUUAAAGUUUGAGACACAAGCCAUGGAGCUCUCCAGUACUGUCAACGACCUGAAGCUGAGGUCUAGGAGGUUGGAGGAGGAAAAUAAAGUGCAGUUGGAUGCCCUCAGGAAACAGGGUGACCUGUACAGCAACACAGAGACCAACACAACACACCUGAGAGGUCAAGUAGAAACCAGAUUAGCAGAGUUAAGAGAUGUCAUUAUGGAGAUGAGGACCAGACAGGAACAGGAAGCGAAUGAGAGACGUGGCCUGGAGCAGCAGGUUCAGCAAAAAAUCAACAUGCUGCAAGAGAACUUGUCAGAACAGAACCGCAAGAGGGAGGAGGCCAUGCACGCCAUGGACAUGAUACAGAGGGAGAAGGAGCACCUUUCUGAGAAUGAGAAGAUCAAGCUGCAGGGGAGGAUAACUGAGUCGGUGGACGAGGUCAACAAGAGGCUGCUCACCAAAGAGAUUAAGCUCAGGGAGGAGCUGCAGGAUAAAUACAAACAAAUGGAGAGGUUAAUUCUCCAAGAACAGCAAGUCAGACAGAAGUACGAGACCACUGUCAGGGAGGAGAAUGAGAAAAAAUGGCAGGUGCUGAAGAAACUGAGUGAUGAGGAACUUGCGACAAUACGUGAUACGUUUCAGAUGGAGAGACAGAAAAACAGAGAAGCAAUUCAAAAAUUAGACGAGUCAAUAGGCCUUAUAGAGAAACAGCUGACAGAGCAGAAGAAACAAACAGACAAAGUUGUUGCAGCUGAGAUUCAUUCACGAAAACAGCAUGAAAAAUCAACAAACGAAAAGCUGGACCAUCUAAAUGAAAAACUUUCAGUAGCAGCCAGCUCACUGCAGACCGCUAUUGGGGGUGUAACAGGCAACUUUGCAUUUCAUACUGACAAGCUGAGGAACGAGAUGAAAUCUGUUUUAGCAGCCUCAGAGCAGGCAACCACACGUGCUGUGACUGACCUUGAUGCCAGAGUUCAAAGUUUAAAGCAGAAGGUCAACGGCCUUGAGCAGCACUUGGAUGGGAGAAUCUCAGAGGCUCUAUUUCUUGUAUCAAACCCAGAGGCCUUGGAAUUAAUUGAGGCUACAGCCAUCCUGGCCCAAAACCUGAGGGAAAAAGUUGAGUCCAUCUCACUGUGGCAGGAUGUGACGAGCCAGACCAUCAGAGAACUUAACCAGAGCAUACAGGGGCUCCCUAAUGAGAUCUAUGCAAUAGAAGAAAAACAAAAACAGCUCAAGUCUGAUAUGGAUUCUAGACUUAUGAUGGAGUCUGAAGCCAGAAUUCGUGAAAUUGAGUCCUUGAAACACGAGCUCAGCCAGCUGAAAAACAAGAAAGCCCCACAAGGAGCAACUGCUGAGGAAAUGCAAGAAGUUCAGGCGUCCAUUAGAAAACUAGCUGAGUCAGUGCAGACAGUGAAAACAGUGAUAGGUAUGAAGCUACAAGCUGAAGAGAAGAAACGUGAAACAGGCUACGAAGAUCUCCAGUACCAAAUUAAUAGACUAAAAACCCAACUUGCCCAUUCCUUAAGACUGACAGCAUUAAGCACUGACCUUGACCCAGCAGAGCUGGAACAACUCUGGCAGCAAGAUUUGACCAAGACCAUUCCGCUCGGCCAAGGUAAAAAUGUAAAUGCCAGAAAUGACACGGCCGGACAGCCGAGCUUCUCUAGGUCCAGAAAACCUGCAGGUGGACCCAGGUCUAAAAAUCAAGAGGAAGAACAGGCGGACUGGGAUCUCUUGAGUUCUAUUGCCUUCCAGUCACAUGACCCAGAGAUGGAUGAGGGUCAAGGUCAUGAAAAGAAUGAUGACAGCAACACACAUGAGAAGCUAAAAGGUCAAGUUAACGCGUCUGACUGGGAUGAUGGCCCAAAUGAUGUCACAGAAGCUGAGGGCAAUGGCCCCACAAAUUCAGAUCAUGGUGAUAAUAAAUACGCAGAAAAUGAUGAGCAUUGAACAAAGAAUGCGUUAGUGAUGAUGUCAUUUUGUUCAGCGGACCAGUGAUGUUGAUAAACUCCAGGACGAGAUAGACAAACUCAAAAGCAAGGUUGGAUCAAGUGCUUCUAACAAGCCAAACCCAAAAAAUAAUGACAAUAGCAAUGACCCAGAUGAUGAUAGGAGGUAAUGUUUUCCAUGAAAUUACAGAUGGAUUCUCUCCCCUUUGUCAACCCA